GCCACGACGCCGCUGUUAAUCAGAAUGAAAUCUAAGAACCCGUCGACAAUGGAUCCGUGAUGCCUGAAGGAGACCGGUCGCGGCGAAAUGAAAGCCCCUGAGAAACAAUGGAAGCGUCCACGCAAGCAUGACGGCCCCAUUCAAACACGCAGACGGCAUGCUUAGUGGUGGCCAAACGGGACGAUCAAACUUCUAAUUGGCGUGAGGAGACGAGAAAACAGACUGUGGCAUGAUAGGGACAAAGCAGCACCCUCUACGAGGGCACCUACUGCUUGCCAUACUCUUUCUGCUGGGCACGUUCGCGUUGCUCUCGCGAGCCGCCGCGUUCCCCGAUUGGACGGACUGUCCAGCGGUGUGCCGUUGCAAAUGGACAUCCGGGAAGAAAUCGGCUCUCUGCCCCGACGCCGGCUUAACAUCCCUGCCAGCAUCCUUGGACCCGGAUAUGCAAGUUCUGGAUCUAUCGGGAAACAAGAUACCAGCUCUCCAGUCCGAGAUCUUCAAGCGAUCAGGCCUGCUGAAUCUCCAAAGGGUGUUUCUGCGUAACGCUGGUAUCCACCAGAUCCACGCCGACUCGUUUCGUGACAUGAGGAUCCUGGUGGAGAUCGAUCUAUCCGACAACCACGUGAAGAUCCUCGAGCCAGGCACAUUCCUGGGCAACGAAAGACUGAGGAUCCUGAUCCUGAGCGGCAAUCCACUGGGUAGCUUGACCAGCCACCAGUUCCCGCUUCUGCAGCAUCUACGAACCCUAGAGUUGCAAAGGUGCUCGUUAUCGGAGAUACACGGUGAAGCGUUCGUUCAUCUGACGGGGUUAGAAUCACUGAGGCUCGAUCGCAACGAGCUGGAGUACAUAGAGGCUCCGGUGAUCUCGAGUCUGCCUCGUCUUAAGACCCUAACCAUGGAUGGGAACCGAUGGAGCUGCGACUGCAGGCUCCGUGACUUCCGCAGCUGGCUGAUCUCCGACGUUCCGAACAAACUCUAUUCCGUACCUCAAGUGUGUACAGGCCCGGCACGACUAAAGGAUCGUAAAUGGGAGGACGUGAAACCUGUGGAGUUCGCCUGCGAACCGGAGGUUUUCGUUCUGGCCAGUAGCAUACAGGAGGAGGUAAACGGUAAUCUGAGCCUGGCCUGUUUAGCAACUGGUGAUCCUGAGCCUGAGGUAUGGUGGCAAUUGAACGGUGGUCCAGUGAACGCCACCAAAUUGACUGAUCAAACGUACACAGGGACAUAUGUCGCGUACGCAACUCCCGAUGUCAGUAUGGCCUACAACGAAAGAUCCACCACUGGUAAGCUCACCGACAGGUGGAGCAACCUGACGGUCUAUAACGCGAGCGACGGUGACGCCGGUGAAUACGCGUGUUUCGCGAAGAACAUCGCCGGACUAGCAAGGGACGCAGUUAGUGUUGCUAUUCCCCGUGUGUACACAGCCCCGACCCUAUCGCAGAGCGACAAUUGGUUGCUUUGGGUCAGUUUGGCCGGUGGCGGUGCAGCUGCGUUGUGCGCCUCGAUCUCCGCGGUUCUGUUGGCGUUGUGCGUGUGCGGUGGUACACGUCGACAAAGUGCACGGGAGAAGGUGAAGCUACAGGGUAGCACGAGCUUUGGUGAUCAAGAGAAAAAGCUUCUCGAUUUGUCCGUGACCACAACGACACCUGGGAACAGUAACGAGCAGGGAAGUGGUCAUGGUAGCCUAGCAGAGGCAUAUGGGUCCGGUGAUCUGGAACUGGCGGAAAGAGGAUCGAUCUGCGAUCCUAUGAGUGCUGCCACUGUCACUGUUGAGAGACUAAGACCAGAGGUGACUACUGGUUCCGUGAACGCGAUCAGAUCGGUACAGUGCUCAACGAUGUUCCCGCCACCGCCGCCGGAAUUCACCAGCGGUGUUCUUCCAGCUGGUAUCUUCGGGAAUAUCUUCAUCUCUGUGUCUGUGCCCCAGGAUUCAUCCGAACGUUGUUAUCCAGACUUGCUCGACAUACCUGUGCACGGCGGUGUGGUGAACAAAUCGAGCGCAGCCUCCUCAAGUGUCUCGAGUUUCGCGACGUUACCACGUAGAGCUUUACGCUCGACCGAUUUAUGUUCGCCUUACGACAAUAUGGGGCCUCGUGUCACUGCGAACGGGAGCUCGGCGUUCUCGUUGACCGACGUGGACCUGCGGUUAUCGCCGCCGCCGCCGCCGCGGAUCAUUCAACCGCCCCACGAGUUCGUUUCUUUGUAAAAACAAUACAAGACACAGGCGAAACACGCCGGCUUUCGAACAAAUAGUCGGUAUACUUGUUCGCCAAGCUGAUCCGUCGCUUUCGUCCCCAAACAGUUCAGUCGCCAAAGUC